AUGGAUAGAGUUGCUGAAUUUAUUGAAGAAUUACAAUCAGAAUUUAUAGUGCUAAUAAUAGAACUAUCUACCUAUUCAUUAAUGUCUAACUAUAUGCAAUUACUACAAGGAGAAAUAGUAUCAGCUCAUACAAAUAUAGCAAUGCAAUUUACGUAUAUUACACAAUAA